AGAGAGAGGGAGAGAGAGAGAGAUAGAGAGAGAGAGAGAGACACAGAUGUGGGUGUUUGUCUCGCGGUUUGACGUCAGCAGUCCUCCGGUCUCAUGUGCUCGGUGAUCGGUCUGUCCACCGGCCAGGCACCGCCGCACGCGCCCACAUCAACCCUCCCGGUGACACACGGCUUCUACUAAUUAUUUAGGAAUUAGUUUUUUUUUCUGUUUUCAUAGCUGUACACGCGCGCUGCUGCAGAGCCGAGGACCUGAUCACACCUCCCUCCGUUAACACCUUCAUUUCCUCUUCUUGUGUUGCUGUUCUUCAUUUCUUUUUUUGGGGGGGAUCCCGAUGCAAGGAGGCGUGAUGGAGGAAAUGAUGUCCCGACAUCAGGCCCCCGCAGCGGCGCACGGAGUGCUCAAGUCUCUGCUGGAGAACCCGGUGAAGCUACCGCUGCACCACGAAGGUUUCGGCGCGGGUCAGGAGAAGGACCUGGAGGAGGAGCGCAGUGCCCCCCAGUCAGCCUUCCUGGGCCCCACGCUGUGGGACAAGACCCUGUCCUACAACGGAGACACCCUCCAGCUGGAGUACAUGGACCUGGAGGAGUUCCUGUCCGAGAACGGCAUCCCCUCCGUCCCCUCCAACCACCAACCACGCGCACUGCCGCACCAGCAGCCAAUCAUGUCCCAAGCCCCGCCCACGUCCACUUCCUCGGUGAUGGAUCUCAGCAACCACGCCUCCACAUCGAUGCACGCCAACACCUCUCCCAACGGCCUGCACAGCAGCCCGGCAAGAGCAGGAAUCACGAACUCCAGAAACACUCCCAGCCCCAUCGACCCAGACACCAUCCAAGUUCCUGUUCGGUACGAGCCCGACCCGGCUGACUUGGUGCUGUCUAGCGUGCCGGGGCAGGAGAUGUUCGACCCACGCAAAUGCAAGUUCUCGUCUGAGGAGCUGAAACCACAGCCCAUGAUCAAGAAAGCUCGCAAGGUCUUCAUCCCAGAGGACCUGAAGCAGGAUGACAAAUACUGGGCCCGGCGCAGGAAGAACAAUCUGGCGGCCAAGAGGUCCCGGGACGCCCGGCGGCUCAAAGAGAACCAGAUCGCCAUCCGAGCCGGCUUCCUGGAGAAGGAGAACUCUGCUCUGAGGCAGGAAGUGGCUGAGCUCAGGAAAGAGCUGGGACGCACCAAGAACGUCCUGGCCAAGUACGAGGCACGGCACGGGCUGCUGUGAGGACGCACACAGGGAGCGUGCCUAUGUUCCCACAGCCCUAUGUUCCCACAGCCCUAUGUUCCCACAGCCCUAUGUUCCCACAGCCCAAUGUUCCCACAGCCCUAUGUUCC